AUGGGACCCAAAUGGUCUAAACAAAUCGAACGUCGAAGAGCUGUUGUAUCCGAACGAAAAAAACUACGAAAACUCAAAAAAGAAAGUGGAUGCGAUUACCCAGGAUGCGAUAUCCAUCCCCCCGACCGGAAAAACUGGAUGUCCGGCCUGAAUCCGACCAAACUUCCCAUCAACAAAAUCGUCUGGCCUGGGACCCACGAUUCCGCCACCGACAAGAUCGGAAUCAGAGCCAUAACCCGACCCUUCGCCCAAUGUCAGUCUCUAUCCAUCUACCAACAACUCGUACGCGGGACCCGCGUCCUCGAUAUCCGAGUCGAGAAAAACGGAAAAGUUUGCCACGGAAUCAUAACGACGUACGGAAUCGACGUUGUGCUUGACGACGUUAAGCGAUUCCUUUCGGAGACGGAAUCAGAAAUCGUGAUUCUAGAGAUUCGGACGGAAUACGGUCGGAAAGAUCCGCCCGCGUUUGAGAAAUUUUUAUUGGAGAAUCUCGGGGAGAUGUUGAUUUAUCAGGACGACUGUGUUUUUGAGAAAACAGUUGCAGAGAUUUUACCGAAACAGGUGAUUUGUGUUUGGAAGCCUCGGGAAUCACCAGAGGUGAAACCCGGGGGCCCGUUUUGGAGCUCGGGGUAUUUGAAAGAUAAUUGGAUUAAUACGGAUUUACCUUUUACAAAAUUUGAAAGUAAUUUGAAGUAUUUGAGUCAACAACAACCUGUUUGUUCACGGAAGUAUUUUUAUCGGGUCGAGAAUACGGUUACACCGCGGGCGGAUAACCCGAUUGUGUGUGUGAAAGCGGUAACGAAUCGGAUCCACGGGUACGGGAGAUUGUUCAUAUCGCAAUGUUUUUUGAGAGAUUGUGCAAAUCGGUUGCAAAUAUUUUCAAUUGAUUUUAUAAAUGAGGAUUUUGUUGAUGCGUGUGUUGGGCUUACUCAAGCCCGAAUCGAAGGGAAGGCGUGA